GCUUAGUUACAGUUUAAUUGAUUGCAAACAAAACCUUUGAGUUGCACCAUCAUUUGCUCUGAUGGUUUGAGGUCAGCCCUGCUCUUAGCUAGUACGGAAUCUUUUUAAGUAGCUGUCUUUGGUGAAUUAUUAUAUUCAGGCUGUGCUUCUAUUCAAAUAGAAAAGGCUUCAUUGACUUCUUCAGGCUGGUAGUCAUGAACAAAGCAUAUAACUGGCUGUUCCUAAUCUUGCUGCUGGUUGCAAUUGAGAAUAGCGAGGGGUGCUUCUGUGACCAUUAUCCAUGGACUCCCUGGUCUGGCUGUUCAAGGACCUGCAAUUAUGGGACUCAAAAUAGGCAUAGGCAAAUCAAAGUGGAUGACUAUUACCGAAAAAACUUCUGUGCACAAAUUUGCACCACCCAGGAAUCCAGAGCCUGUAACCAGCAGAUGUGUCCAAUCAACUGCCAGCUUGGAGACUUUGGCCCCUGGUCAGAAUGUGAUCCAUGUGUUAAAAAACAAUUUCGUACUAGAUCCUUUAACCAACUAGCUCAGUUUAAAGGUCAACCAUGCAAUGAACCUUUGGUGGAGUCGCGACCGUGUUUUUCCACAAAACUUUGCAACCUGGAGGAAAUAAACUGUGGCAACAAAUUCCAUUGUGAAAAUGGUCGUUGCAUUAGUCAGAAGUUAAAGUGCAAUGGAGAAAAUGACUGUGAGGACAAUUCAGACGAAAGGAACUGUCCACGUGUGAGACCCGUAUGCACUAGAAAACAUGAGAGUAUUCCUGGUGGGAACUUAAUGGGCCUUGGAUAUCAUAUUCUGGCAGGAAUGCAUCGAGGUGAAGUUCUCCAUAAUUCUUUCAAUGGAGACACCUGCAGACUUAUCAAGACCAAUGACUUGAGGAAAACAUAUCGUCUCCCUGCAAACUUAGAGUCUGUUUUCUUUCAGGUAGUGAAUGAAGAAGAUGAAGUGGUUUCAGAAUUUUACAAUGACUUAAUUCCCUUUGAAACCCAUACUUCUCAGAGUGGUUCUUUCUCUGGUUCUGGCAAAAGUCGAUCUGGAAUCCCAUUCCUGUUCUCCAAGAAGACAAAAGUUCACAUCACAUCCUCUUCCUCCUUCAAGGAAGCAAUACAAGCAUCAAAGAAAAAGGUGUCCAACUUUAUUAGGAUUCAUAGAGUCAUAGCAGUAUCCAACUUCACAACGAAGGGAUCAGACUUGCAGCUGUCUAAGGUGUUCUUAGAGGCGCUUAACAGCUUGCCCCUGGAGUACAACUAUCCCCUUUACAGCCGGAUAUUUGAUGAUUUUGGGACCCAUUACUAUGCCUCUGGAUCACUGGGAGGCAGAUAUGACCUUCUCUAUCAGUACAGCGCUGAAGAGCUGAGAAAUUCAGGUUUAACACAGGCAGCAUCACAAGAAUGCAUCCGGACAGAAACAACCAGGCGUAUCUUUGGUUUUAAAAGGAGGAAAGUGAGAACAAGCUGUACAAGCAACAGAAUGGUUGCCCGUCAUGAAGGUUCAUUUCUGCAAUCCUCAGAGAAGUCUGUAUCCUUCAUCAGAGGUGGAAGAUCCCAAUUUGCUGCAGCUCUUGCCUGGGAAAGAAAGGGGGCUUUUCCUGAGCACACCCUCUUUACCAAUUGGCUGGAGUCAAUGAAGGACAAUCCAGCUGUGAUUGACUUUGAGCUGACUUCCAUUCUGGAGCUGGUGAAGAACAUCCCCUGUGCAGCAACUAAGCGUAGCAAUCUCAGAAGAGCUCUUGCUGAGUAUGCAGCACAAUUUGACCCAUGCCAGUGUGCUCCAUGCCCCAACAAUGGCAAGACAGUGCUGUCUGGAACAGAGUGCUUGUGUGUGUGCCAGGCUGGGACCUAUGGCGAUAACUGUGAAAUACGGGCACCAGAUUACCAUUCAGUUGCGGUGGAUGGUAAUUGGAAUUGCUGGGGUUCAUGGAGUCCCUGUGAUGGUUCCCAUAAGAGGCGGAGGAGCCGGAGCUGUAACAACCCGUCCUCUCAAAAUGGAGGGAAGCCAUGUGAAGGCGAACAAGAGGAAGAGGAAGCAUGCUAUUUUUCCAUAUUUGUUGACAGAGGAGCUAUAUGUGUAAAUGAUGACGAAGCGACAAGGGAGGGGGACAUUGCAGUUGAGAGGCCUGAAUCAGGAUGCCUCAAACCAGAUCCACCAGAACAUGGAUUUAUCAGGAACGAGAAGAACCUUUAUAACGUUGGGGAAAAUGCUGAAGUUGUGUGCUUCAAUGGAUACACUCUUACUGGAUAUCCAUUCUUUAGCUGCCAGCCAGAUCAAACUUGGUUGCAACGUUCUGUCGAAUGCCAAUUAUCUGCAUGUCGCAGACCAGCAGCCUCAGAUGUUGUCUCCAUUUUACCCUUUAAAAAUGAAUAUAACAUUGGGGAAACAAUCCGCCUAAGUUGUGCACCAACCUUUAGGUUAACUGGCCAAUCAGAAUACACUUGUAUAAGUGGCCCAUCCUGGCGUCCUGCUGUAGUGAGACUGCUUACCUGUGAGAAAGAUGAUUAUUUAAGUUCUCAAAGCAACUGCAAACCAGGAGAGAAGCAAGUUGACUCCCAAUGUGUGUGUAUGAAUCCCAGAGAAGACUGCAGACACUAUUCUGAAGAUAUCUGUGUACUGGAUGCCACUUCUGAACAAGCACUUACAAAGCCCAGCUGUCCAUAUUUGGCUGAAAAAUGCUUGGAUCAGCAGUCAUUCCAUUUCUUGCAUUCUGGCCCCUGCCGGACUGGGACCGAUGUGAGUUGGGCUAAGGAAAGGCUCAGAAUUGCUACGGACAGCAUAAAUAGAGAAGCUUGUGGCUAUGACACAUGUUAUGAUUGGGAGCAGUGCUCAGAGCCGCUUGCUAAAUGUGUCUGCUUGCUGCCUAACCAAUGCCCGCGUGGUGGGGACCCCAUUUCCUGCAUCCAAAUAAGGACAAGAAAGAUGACAGCAAACCUCUGCAUGCUGGGAGCAUUGAAGUGCUCCAAUACAGACAUUGUAAUUUUACAUGAAGGGAGCUGUCCAAACUAACAGAUACCAGUUUCCCACUCAUGGACUAGCCACAGCACAAAUGUUUUUUUUUUGUUUGUUUGUUUUGUGCUCUGGCCUUUAAUUAUAAAGAUUAUCAUUAACAUUGCUUUAAUUCCAGCAUCCAAGUUUCUCAUUCCAGCCUUUCUUAUUCAUGUCAUCAACACAUAUCUUGAGGUUCAUGACAAUUCCACUUUUCUCCAACUGAAUAACUGAGCAUGGAUCAAGUGCACUGCAUACAAAAAGUUGGCAGAGCUUUGAUUCCACUUUUCACAGCCACCUUCUGGGCUCCUUUCUUUUGAUGGAAUUCAGUUCCCAAUUGCAAAUGUCAGGAGUAAGUGUCCAGUGUCCAUUCCAAUAGUAUGAGCUCUCUAAGCUGGACCAUAAAUAGCAGCUGUCCCUUCAAUAUGGCCGCUGCUUCUUCUGUCAUUCUGACAAGCAUUUUUGCACUGUUUUAUGUUGCUCUUUUGAAGCAGUAGGCGUGAACUUAAAUGGACUCCAGAAGAUGGUAGAGGACGGGAAGACCUGAAGGAAUAUUGGCCAUGGGGUCGUGAUGGGUCGGACACGACUUCGCAAUUAACAACAACAACAAUGUUACUCUUUAAAGCUCCUCCUUGCCAGAUAUUCCAAUGCACUAAAAAAAAAAGCAACAGACAAUUCUCUGCUUCCUUCUUGGUUUUGCCUUCACCUCACUAUUCUGUGGCCAGAAAGCCAAGCAGAUCAAAAACAAACAGUUCACUUAGACCAGCUACAGUGUGAUAGUGGCAUCUGGAUGUCAUCUGCAUUCCAAAAUAAGAUCAAUACUUUCAAUCUACCAUUUUCAUUUAAAAAAAAAUAUCUGAAAGCAGAGGUAGGAAGACCUUGACAAGCCAAGAACCACUGACAUAAAAUAGUUUUUUCCUAACUAAGUUCCCUCCAGAUGCAUUGAAAAAGCAAGUCCCAGAAUUCCUUAACAACCCCAAAAUCAGUACAGAUAAUAUUAGCAUAGGUAGCCCAAUGCUGUGGCUGCUAAUUUCUUGAUACUUCUCAAUUGAACACUAUUAAGUUGCUAACUAGAAUUAUUGGUAGUUGUAGUACUGAUGUAUUUGAAAACUACAAGCUUUGUCUGGCCUGAAUUAUCCUAAUGUCUAAUUUGAGGGAACUCCUUAAAUAUCAUGUUGGGAAAUAAUAUUUUAAUGAGACACAAAUCUCUGAAAUUCACUGAGCUCAGUGAAAUUUAUUCUCUGCUUACACAAUUGCAACCAAAAUCUGUUUUCAAAAAAGAUUAUAACUGAGUUGUUACUUAACUCUUAUGCAAUGCACAGGACAAUCCAUAGACUUUAUUCUGAACAAAAAGAUUAUUCUAUCUAUAAUAAUUGCUCAGCAUUAAUGCACUGUAACCUUGGAACUGGCUUGGCUUAGGUUUUCCAACUUUCUAUUCUGUUAACACUUAACUAAUACAAAUAAAUGGCUGCUGCAAACAGCCAACCAGU